AUGGCGCCCCGACUGCCCCCGAGCUGCCUCCAGCUCCUCCGAUCGUCGACGAUAGCCAAUGCCUGCGCUGCCAGCAACGCCUCCUCCGUCCUCUCCGGUCCCCGCCUCCACCUCCUCCCUUUCACCGCGAAGCGCGGCGUCAAAUACGGCUGGUCCACGCUCCCCAAGCGCAGCAAGCCCGGCCGUUUCAACCAGACGACCUCAGGCCUGCCUGCCCUCACCACCGGUCCCGCCGCCGCCCUCGCACGCCGCGAGAAUACGACACCCCUGAGGACCGGCGUGCUCGCCAUCAAGAAGGGCAUGACGGCCGUCUACUACGGCAAGAAGCGCGUCCCCUGCACCGUCCUCCAGCUCGAUCAGGUCCAGGUCGUCGCCAACAAGACGCGGGCGAAGAACGGCUACUGGGCCGUCCAGAUCGGUGCGGGAUCCAAGGAGCCCCGCAACGUUGAGCGCCCGCUGCUGGGUUACUACGAGGCCAAGGGCAUCGCGCCCAAGCGCCACCUCGCCGAGUUCAAGGUCCGCUCCGAGGAGGGACUGCUGCCUGUCGGCUCCCAGCUGUUCCCGGACUGGUUCCAGACGGGCCAGUACGUCGACGUCCGGUCCAACAGCCGCGGUAUGGGCUUCGCCGGAGGUAUGAAGCGUCACGGCUUUGCGGGUCAGGAGGCGUCCCACGGUAACUCGCUCAACCAUCGUACCAUCGGUACCACCGGUCCCUCGCAGGGUUCCGGAUCCAGAGUCCUCCCCGGCAAGAAGAUGCCCGGGCGCAUGGGCAACGAGCGCGUCACGGUGCAGAACCUGACGGUGCUCAAGGUGGACAACGAGCUGGGCGUCGUCCUCGUCAAGGGCGCCGUCGGCGGGCCCAAGAACUGCAUUGUGCAGCUGCAGGACGCCAAGAAGCGCAAGCCCCCGGCGCUGCCUUACCGGCAGGAGAAGCUGAAGGAGCUCCUGGAGAGCAACAAGGACGCCGAUGCGAGACUGCAGGAGGCUAGAGAGAGGCACUUGGAGCUGAAGAAGCAGAGGAGAGAAACGGCGGAGUUUGUAUAA